AGAGGGCUUGCCGUGAUCUGGACUGAGGCGGAUGAGACCAGAAACCUUUGUUCUGUCUCUCCUCCCGAAACGAGAUUUAAAAACAAGAGCCUGUCCAUGCGUCCUGCAAAAAAACUGCGCCUCUGUUUCUGUGGGCUGGCGAUCGCUGAUGGAUGUUUUCUUAAUCAGAAAUUAGCAGAAUUUAGUCACUAGGCUUUCUAAUAUUUUUUCUGAUCGCUACAACCCUGAGGGGAGGGAGACAUCAGCUCGGUUUUUCUCUCUCUCUGUCAGCUGCUAAAUGGAAAUAAAACGUGGAACUGAAAGUGGAAACAGUCGAGGUAAUGGUCCUCCAGUCCACCAUCUACGCCUCCUGGCCCCGCCCUUGCAGCUGUUAUCAGCCGCAGUGUGGCAAGUAGUGCAGCAGGGACUUGUGGACCACUACGGGAUGCUGGAGGAGUUUGUUACCAUGGUGACGGAACUGGUCCCAGAGCUGAUGAGCUACAGUCAGAGGGCUCAGCUCAUCCUGGGACUCAGGGCCAGGCUGACUCUGGAGAUGUGUCGAGGCGAGCACCCAGUGGACGUGCAGACCAUUCAGCCACAUCUGGACAGAAUUAAAGCUCCCGUCAGCACUGCCAAGGAUCACCAUGUAACCAUAAACCAGGUGGAGGAAUCGGAGGUGAACUUUGUGGAGUUGGUGCAUUCCUUACUAGAGGAUCCAUCGGAAAGAAAAUAUUUUUUCCAAGAAAUCUUCCCUGUAUAUUUUGGGCCAAAGUACGACGCUGCACUUGAGAUGCUGGUGUGGGAGUUCAUAUCAAGACUGGAGGAGCUGCUGCCAGCUCCAGACUUCACACAGUUGGCAGCUUUGCUUGGAGACACUCCGUCAGUCCUGGGCGAAUGUUUACAAUCCUUUUUCCCGCCAGAGGACAUGAAGGCUGUACUCGAGCACCACAGAAACCUCGGCCAUUUUGAAGAGAAAGAUCCUAGAUUAUUACCGAUGGAUGACUGCAUCCUCUCCUCCCUGUCUCUGCCUCCUGGGACCAAACCUGUCACGAACACCACCUCACCUGCUCACAAAGAUUCAGACCCUCCCGAGCACAAAGAACUCCUCGACCCUCUCUUCGACACAAGUAGCCUGGAGAGGGCGAUCAGGAGGAGCUCUGAGACAGCGAGACAAAGCCUGAAGGAGAUGAGAGACUCGGGCGGCCGGCAGCUGCGGGUUAGAGGCGGGAACAUUUCUCAGGAGGGGAAAGUGCAAAACUCAGUUAGUGCACGGCCACGUGAUGAAACCAUAGACCUCAUUGCGUCUAAUGAGACCGCGGGUUCAGCAGCCAUUGACAACAGCCAAAGCUUGAUAGGAGGGCGGGUUCUCAGGAAGAGGAAGCUGAGCGGAGGCGUGGACAUUCCCUCAAAACAGCCGGCUGAGGCGAAAGCUUCCUUGGAUUCGCCAGUGGAUGAUGAGAAUUCAGGUGAAUCUCCUCUAAUCUCGAUAUGGGGAGAUUAUACAGACUCUCAGGAAGGUUCUCUCCCAGUUGUGACGGACACAAAAGUUCCCUGGUCGGACGAGGAGACUCUCAAUCUGCUCGACAUCUGGGGGAAGGACUCGGUGCAGCGGGCUUUAAAGGGCUGCUUGAAAAACCGUCACAUAUUCACGCAGAUCGCUCAGAAGAUGGCAGAGAGAGGCUACAUGAGAACGGUGGAACAGUGCCAGACCAGGAUCAAACGACUGAAGAAAUGCUUCCGCAAGAAAAACAGAGCCAAAUCCAAGCUGGAGUAUAAAUUUUACGAGCAGCUGAAGCGGGUACUCGGCUCCUCGGCUUCCUCGGCUGUUCCCGAGGUCACCUAUGACGUCGAAGAGGCCGUCGAAGAGGCCGUCGAUGAAGACAAGUCCCAAGACGGCGAUGAGGACUUGCAGUUUCUCGGCCAAACAAGCCAACCAGAAAUAGGAACUAGAAGCGUGCCGUGGACAGACUUCGAGUCGUUGGCUCUCAUCAACACGUGGGGAGAAGACCAGAUGCAGCAGGAGCUGAGAGGAAUGCACAGAAACGGACACAUUUUUUCCAUCAUAUCCAACAAGAUGGCCGCGCAGGGCUUCUCCCGAACACCAGAGCAGUGCCAAACGAGGCUGAAAAGACUGAAAUCAAACUUCAGGCAAUGCUACCAAAACAUCCUGAAGGGACAGGAGCAAGUCGAGUGCAAGUUCUACAACGAACUGGGAUGCAUACUAGUGAAGGACUUCCCUUCGGUGCCGCAGCUGGAGGAAAUGCCAGAAGAGCCUGAAGAGAACGACUUGCCGUCCUUCUCCCAUCAGGAUAUCGAGGCUGCUGUGGGCGUUCAGGAGGACAGGAGGAAAGUCCCCUGGUCGGACAAAGAGACCGUCAUCCUUCUGGAGAUCUGGGGCGACAGCCAGGUCCAGCGGAGCAUGAAACGCUACCCACAUAAUGGACACAUUUUCAACGAGAUAUCAGAGAGACUCGGCGUCAACGGCUUCUCCCGCAGCGCAGGGCAGUGCCACACCAGGAUCAAACGACUGAAAGCCAACUAUCGUCAGUGUCAGGAAAACAUGAGCUCAUCUGGGACCGACAGAGUCGACUUUAAAUUCUAUGAUCUGCUGGAACAAAUCCUGGACAAGCAGCCGUCAACAUCCUCCACCAUGGUAACGGACUCCAUCGAAAUAUCUGAAGACUCCAACGGUGAAUCAGUGACUGAAACAGAUGGAGACGUCAGCAUGUCAACAGAAAAACCGGCACCUGGCUCGUGGUCCGACGAGGAGACCGUGGCGCUUAUGGAGAUCUGGGGCGACGAAGACGUUCAGAGUGCGAUGAAGGGUUUCGUCCACAAUGGACACGUUUACGCCGACAUUUCGGAGAGACUGCGCGAGCUCGGCUACUCGAAGACCUCGGAGCAAUGCCGCUGGAAGGUCAAGUCACUGAGGAACAACUUUCGACAGUGCUACGACAAAAAGAAAUGUGGAAAAAAAGUAGAUUAUAGAUUCUACUACCAGCUGGAAGAAAUUCUCGGACAGGAGGCAGCUUCUAUCGAUGAGUUUGAAGAAAAAGACGACCAAGCGGACCAGGAUCCAGGUGCAGAUGGCGCGAACACGGCAUGGACGGAGCACGAGACGGUCGCCCUCGUUGAGGUGUGGGCAGCAGACGACGUGCAGCACAGCCUGAAAACCUGCGUCCGCAACGGGCACAUAUUCGCCGACAUAUCGGAGAAAAUGACCACCAUCGGAUACCAGAGGACGGCGGAGCAGUGCCACUCCCGGAUCAAAAGGUUGAAGAAGAGUUACAGGCGUUACUGCAACAGCUGGAGAAGUGGACGGACCACUGUGUUUCGAUACUUCCACCUCCUGGCUCCGGUGCUCGGUGACAACUCUGUGUAUGCUGACGUGGACAGUACUGCUGCUGCUGAGGCCGCCGUGCAGCCCCUCAUGGACAACGAUCCUGACAUGUACGACGAGCAGCCGUCAUCCAGCCACCUGCUGGCCGAUCAGAGCAGGAAGAUGCCGUGGUCGGACCUGGAGACUCGCACCCUGCUGGAGGUCUGGGGCGAAGACGACGUGCAGCUCACCCUGAGGGGCUGCCUGAAGAACCGCCACGUGUUCGAGUACAUCUCUGAGAAGAUGAGUGAUGGAGGAUUCAUAAGGACGUCAGAGCAGUGCUACACACGCAUUAAGCGCCUUAAACACGGCUUCCUCCAUGAAAAGGAGGAACAUAAAUUCUUCAGUGAGAUGAAUGAAAUCUUCAGCAGGGAGCUGAAAGUGGACGGCUCCGUCGCAGACACGCCAGUCACAGAUGAGCCGGAUGACAGCCCACCAAAAAAAGCUGCCUCAGGUACUCAGUGGGCGGCCGACAGCUCGAAGCUGGCCUGGAGCGACGGGGAGACCGAGGCCCUCCUGGACAUAUGGGGGAGCGAGGAGAUCCAGGAGACCUUGAGGAGCUGCACCAAGAACAAACACAUCUUCAUCCAGAUCUCUGAGGUCAUGAUCAGCCAGGGCUACCAGCGCACUCCUGAACAGUGUCAGACCAGAAUAAAGAGGCUCAGGGCCAAUUUCAGACACUUCCUAGAAGGCAGAAAAGGAGAGAAACAGGAAUGCAAGUUCUUUGAGCAGUUGGUGCAGAUAUUUGGCAGCAAGUAUGUAACGAACUCCGACCCCCUGGCCGACGAUGCAGCCGAUGGCGAAGAGACCUGAAAACUGUCCGUCAUCGUAGAGUCAAAAUCACAAGGACGCAGCAGCUGCAGAUCGACUGAGGGGCAUCCAGAAGGGAAAAAAAGUCAUGGACACUCCAGCAGGAACUGUGACAUUAACAGCUGUGAUGUACAGUUGUGUACAGAUGGCGUUUGCCUCUGUACAUACUUCAAAUACUUUUACAUUCUUCAUACACACAGGCUGUAGUGGCGUGUGUAUGCGUAUGUGUGUUUGUGUGUGUGUUUGCGUCCGUCCACCAGAGUGUCUUUGUGUUAUUUACAAUAGAGCCAUGACAGAACCGUUCAGCUCAGGGCUCGAGGGACAAACAUGAAUCUCUGACCUGGUGUUUUUGCUAGUAUUUAGUUAUUUUGUACUUGAACUAAAAGUGAGCGAAUCAAAGCACACGCAAAAAAGAAAUACACGCAAGGCCUCUUUUAAUGUAACCACAGCCUACAUUUUGCUUUUUGGUCUUAAUUCAGGUCUCACUUGUUAAAUCUCCUGUUUUUUUGCACAGUUGAAUUCAUGAAACUAAAUCUUAUUUUUUACACGGUAUGAGUUGAUGUUGUCCAGAGUUUAAUUUAUUUAAAUUAUUGUUUUACAUAUGUUUUCCAAAGUUUUACAAUUUACUUUAAAUAUGUUUCACUUCAAACUUUAUCGAAGCACAUUUCUUUCCACAAACGUGUCGAGGUUUUGUCAAACCCAUUAAAAGAAACUUGAAAUGUU